AUGGCUCCCACAAAGCGGGCUGGGAAAGCCAAGUCUUCAAAAUCUGACGGUCCCAAUGGAUUGCCGCCAGCUCCGUUUAAGCAACCUCCUGACGUGCUCAAACCAUUCAUUGAUGGCCUGUCGGAGAAGCAUGUGUACAUUACGCAUAUCGAUUCCAAGCCUGCUUCUUUCAAGCGCAAGAUAUUCUUGGUUCCGGUUGCCAUGAAUGUCGCCGUCUCAAUACUCUUCGUAUGGCGCAUGUAUGCCAUCCUGCCUUGGUACUGGAAAAUCGUACAGUCUGGCUUUGGUUAUUCCAAUGAGACGACAUUCCCCAUUGGGAACUCUUCGUGGCAAGACUUCGUCUGGGAGGUGCUUCAGCGUGGCAUCACCAUGUUUAUAGACUUUGUCUUGUUCGUAUUUGUCUGGCCGUGGCCCGUGGAAUUCACUGCUGGCCAAGUUCAUGGCAAUCCCAUGAAUUGGAGACGCAAGGUUGGCUUUCAAGACAAGGAGAUUUACGUCCGACGCAGCCGCGACUGGGACCGGGUUCUGGGUGAUAUUUUCAAAGACGACGACUCCAAAAAGAUUCUAUUGGCUUACGUUAAUGCGGCCACAUCGCCAAUCUUGCAAGAGCAAAAGACGGGCUACUUGCUGAUGAACGGCCAGUGGGAUCUCGACUGGGACUCCAUGGUCCACGCUCACGCCUUGGUUGACAACAAGAAUGUGGCGCUGGAGGCAUUCAAGAGUGUUGUGCUGGUGUACCACAAGGAUUUCGGAUGGCUUUGUUAUGACUUGAAGGCUAGUAUUGCUGCCGAGGGAGACGAGAAGCGCAGGCAGGUUUUUGCCUUCCGGAAUGCCCUCACUUCCAUGGGCAAAGAAGACUUGUUCUACCGAUGGGUGGAGAUGGUGCAGUUUGACGCAACUCAGCCUGGAGGCUUUGGCCCAGAGCAGCAGGAGACCACGGCCAAGAAGAUACGUGAAAUGUUUGAAGAGGCUGGUGUCGACUUUGACGGUUUGUGGAAGGACGCAGUGGGCGAGGCGGCGAUAUAA